AUUGUCAAACGCAGCAAAAACCGCAGCUGUCUUCACUUUUCUUCAUUCAUCAGUUUCGAUCGCGCGUUCACGUCUUUUUGAUUACGCGAAGUACUGAGACAAGUCGGGUUCGAGUGUUGUGCGCUUCAAAAUAUGGCAGCGAAAAUUAUUAAAAAUUUUGUGUCCAUACCAGUCGGAGCCCGCGGGUAUGCCUCCGGUACGAAGAAGGUUACUCUAAUCCCAGGAGAUGGCAUUGGACCAGAGAUUUCUGCUGCCGUGCAAAAAAUUUUCCAAGCUGCCAGCGUCCCAAUCGAAUGGGAAUCCGUGGACGUCACUCCGGUCCGAAACCCGGACGGUAAAUUUGGCAUUCCACAGGGUGCUAUUGAUUCUGUGAACCGCAAUAAGGUUGGCCUGAAAGGACCAUUGAUGACUCCUGUUGGCAAGGGUCAUCGUUCGCUAAAUUUGGCCCUCCGUAAGGAAUUCAACCUUUAUGCUAACGUGCGUCCAUGCCGUAGCUUGGAAGGCUACAAAACCCUGUACGACAACGUUGACGUUGUGACCAUCCGCGAGAACACCGAGGGCGAGUACUCCGGUAUCGAGCACGAGAUCGUCGACGGCGUGGUACAGAGUAUCAAGCUGAUCACCGAAGAGGCCUCGAACCGUGUGGCCGAGUACGCCUUCAAAUACGCCAAAGACAACAACCGCAAGAAGGUGACCGUUGUGCACAAAGCUAACAUCAUGCGUAUGUCGGACGGUUUGUUCCUGCGGUGCUGCCGUGACAUGGCCAAAAAGUUCCCGGAAAUCAAAUUCGAGGAAAAGUACCUGGACACGGUUUGCCUGAACAUGGUGCAGGAUCCUAGCAAGUUUGAUGUGCUUGUUAUGCCAAAUCUGUACGGUGACAUCAUGUCCGACAUGUGCGCUGGUUUGGUAGGUGGAUUGGGUUUGACCCCAUCCGGCAACAUGGGCCUGAAUGGUGCGUUGUUCGAGUCAGUUCACGGAACGGCUCCAGACAUCGCUGGUAAGGAUUUGGCCAACCCCACUGCUUUGCUACUGUCAGCUGUCAUGAUGCUGAGGCAUAUGGAACUCAACACUCAUGCCGAUAAGAUUCAGAACGCGUGCUUCGAAACGAUCAAGGAAGCUAAGUAUUUGACCGGCGAUCUCGGUGGCAAAGCCAAGUGCUCCGAGUACACCAACGCUAUUUGCGAAAAAAUUAAGUAAAGCAAACAAAUCUUCCAGUGAAAAUCCUCUCAGUGACGAAUUCAAACAAUUAACCAACACACCAGUCAGUCAGUUUUAUAGUGCAAAUCAGAAUAAUUUUUGAAACUUUUUUUUCGACAUUGUCUGUAGCAAGACGUGGAAGAAAUUUUUCAAAUAUGUUCAACUGUUAGGAAAAAUGUCUAAGAUUAGCCCAUCCAAAGCGUGAUGAUCAUUUCAAGCAGGCAGUAUUACCAACUAAUUGCAAGUCAUCAGUAAAGUUAAAAGUAAACCACAAAUCUCAGACAAUAACGAAUAAUGCAAAAAUAAAACAGGUCCGGAAAAGUGAAUGCCGUUUCCCGUUCUUCAAAAAAAAAAUCCUUCCUUGCCUUGACUUGAUGGUAAACAAAAUUCACUUUCAAUGCAAACUCCACGUCGAUCCUCGUCGUUUGGUUUUCCGUGACAAACUAUUGAUAGUUAAUGGUGCGAUAUCGCUAAACAUUUUUAUUUAUUUCUGAAAUUAUAGACAACCGAUAAUGUUACUUAACGAAUAAUCAAUACAAAAAGCCAUAGAAGAUCGA